AACCCAAAUAAGUGCAAUCGAGCAAAUCAGUUAGUGCGUAGCGGAACUCUGUCGUACGAUUUAAAAAAUACUUACUAUAUACUGCCCAUAUUGUGUGAAUGAUGUCUGGUUUGACAUUUUUUUUAGCAGUAGUCGUGUCGUUGCAGGUCGCGCAGGAUGGCGUCCAUUCGUGUACACUGCGAAAUCAUAAGGACAAAGUUGCGUGUUCCAUUUUGGGUGCCGCCGAUCCAACGUUAGCAAAUUCGCGACACACGUCAGCUCCGUGUGUGACACCGAAACUCGGACUGCAACACCAAGGCGUGUUAAAUAAAAUUCCAAGUAUUUCACCAGUUUCGUUUAAAUCUUCACAACUAAUUCCUGCAGCUCCCGCAGUCACACUUCCGCCGGUCACGGCACCGCAGCAUUUAACGCCUAACUCUGGUAUUUCCAGUAACGACAAAAUCCUUUUUGAUCUUUUGCUCCAGUAUUUAACUAAACUGGAACCACCACAUACGCUACCGUUGCCGCCGUUGAGCUCGCCAGUUCGUGGUUCCAUGCCUGAAAAUCCGCCUGUACUAAUAACGCCCACUACUUAUCCUCCUUAUACUCCUUAUCCUCCAACGCCUAACCUGCAGAAUAGCCCGGUUGACCAACAACAGCUCCUUUCACUUUUGUUGUCUGUUUCAGGACCCGGCUCCGAUCUAAUAAAUCCUGCAGUCCCUUCAGACAGUUUACUUCCUUCUUUGUCACCCACUCCGGCGGCACAUAUCACUGCUCCACCCCCAAGCGACAUCACCGUACCAAACACUAAAAUCGAAGUAACAGCAGCAGCAGUAAUAGAAUCAACAACAGUGACAGUGCCUGUCGACGUCCCAAAAUCAACAUCUUCAACAGAAACUACACCUGCCAUCUCCGAGCCGUCGAGCACAUUUCCAGCGACGGACACCAAUAGCAUACCUGCUAACGCUGCGGUCCAGUCAACGGAUUCCGUGUCGGCCGACGUUGCUGCUGUGGCAUCUGUCGACUCGUCUACCGUUGCACCAGAAGCUUCCGGUUCUGCGUUAGAACCUGCAGCGAGCCCAGUGCCAGUCUCGGACACUGUACCGGUCGCCGAUUCUGUCUCCACGUCAACUUCCGCCGUCGAAUCAUUAGCGCCACUUUCGCAACUUCCGUCAAACACUACAACGCCAAGCAUCAUAGUAUAAAUUCCAGUCAACAACAGUUACAUGUUCUCCGUUUAUGGUCUAAACAUAUACUUGGUACACUUUUGAUGUUCGUAUGUAUAUAGCAUAGUAUACACUUUUAUAUAGUUUAGUACGAAUAAAAUAUGUAUGUAUAAUGAAUAGUUAUUGACUAAAAAGUGUCUUAUUGAAAAAAUUAUAAAAAAAAGUAUGUAGGUUUUUAAGAAAUUAAUAAUUUUCUUGUCUCACAUAGAUGGGGUACCAUAUUAUAGUGCCUUAGCAAUAAACAUAUUAUAAUAUAUUAUUAUGCCUUUUAAACAUUUUUUUUUAAAUUAAGUAAAAUUGAAGUUAUAUUUUUUUAUUUUAAAUGAGUACCUAAAUGAUUUUAUUGUGAGUAUACUUAUACUUACCUAUCCAGAGUACCAAAAUUGUUACAAAUAAUUUGUAAAUAUAAAUUAAUAUAUAAUAGUGAAAAUAUAUUUUGUUAAUUAAACAAACAGUUUAAUUUAAAUUGUUUAUUUAUGUUUUCGACUUUAGAACUUAAAUUAUUAAUGUAUACGUAUUAUAGUUCGAAUACAUAUAUUGUGUUGAAAUAUGUUAUGAAAUAAAAAUAUAGUAAGUUACUGAUAGAGAUCACUGGUUAUUGCUUACAAAGUUAAGAAUAAAUAAUAUUUAACGAUAACUGAUAAGUAUAUAAUUUGUUUGUUAUAUAGUUUAAAUUAUAUAAAUUCUAUUUUUUUAUAGUAGUUUUGUAGUUAAGUCGUCAAGUUAUGAUAACUCUUGAAGAAAUCAUUAACGUGGUUACAUGUUACAUCGUUACAUAUACUAUUUAAAGAUUCGUAAUCAAACUAUAACAGAUAUGUCAAUACAUAAUUUAUUUUAAUCUACUGAAAUGAACACAGUCAGAAUGAGUCGAAUAAUACGCGUAUUUACGUUCCGAGUUAUAAAAUACAUCAUGUAUGAUUAUGUACGUAAUGAGAUUGAUCGAAAACUGUUGUAUAUUGAAAUUAAAUUUUACGAAACCCAUA